GCAGCAAUAUCCUAAUGGAUGGAGCCUUGCGCCACGCACGCCUUGCUGACUUCGGCCUCGCAAAGGACCAGGUGAAGGGCUCCAGAACGCACGGCACCACCGGCAUUGUGGUUGGUUCUCCGGGCUACAUGGCACCCGAGCUGAUGAUGCGUCCGGCCAAUGAAAAGACAGAUGCAUUUGCCCUCGGAGUGGUGGCGCUGGAGAUUCUCACAGGCCUGCCUGCCUGGAAUGAGGACAGAGAGACGGUUGCUUUGAACGACUACGCGGUGUCUGACAACAAGUUCCAGGAGUUCCUGGUGGAUGCGAAGGCAUCCUGGCCUCCGGCGGAGGUCGGGGCUCUGGGGGACCAUGCUGUCAAGCUCACAUAUUUCGAUCCCAACCAGCGUCAGAAAGUCUCUGACAUGGAGCAGUCGAACUCGUUUCAGGAGCAUGUGCAGAGAUCUGAGCAGGCGCUGCGCUAA